UGCAUGUCAGCCCUGAUGCUGCUCCUUCACCUAAGAGCAAGCUGACUCGGACACCAUGAUCAGGAAACGCUUUGUUCUCAAUGAGCCUGAAAUCAAAGAUUAUAUGGUCAAAGGAGAAAGAUUCACAAAAUGGAAAGAAGAUUCGUCACGCACUGUGCCUGUCACCAUGAAGAUGGACCCAAAAGGAUUCUUCCUUUACUGGAUAAACUCAAGCAAGGAAGUAGAAAUUGUGGAUAUGGCGACCAUAAGGGACACACGGAUAGGGAAAUAUGCCAAACUCCCCAAACAUCAGAAAGUUCGAAACGCAUUCAACAUGGACUUCCCUGACAGUAAUUACUUAGGCAAGACCAUGACCAUUGUAACCGGCCCUGACAUGGUCAAUCUCACUUACUACAACUUCUUUGCAGCCAAAGACAAUGUAGUGCAGAACUGGGCAAAUGACAUCCUGGCCAUUGUCUACAACCCUCAAAGGGCCAACGUCUGCAGACAAAUCUACCUGGAUAAGUUGUAUGUUCGCCUCACACUGCAAACCAACAAGGAUGGCAAGAUUCCUGUUAAAUAUAUCUAUAAGAUGUUUCCAGCUGAUAAGAAAAGGGUUGAGAGUGCACUAUCAUCUGCAAAGCUUCCUAAGGGAAAGUUUGACUCCAUCAAGCUCGAUGUGUUCACUGAAGCUGCAUUCAAGACUUUUCUGUUGAACCUUUGUCCCAGACCAGAGAUCUAUGAAAUCUUCAGCAGCUAUUCUAACAAACCCUACAUGACCAAGGAGGUCUUUAGCAAGUUCCUGUAUGAAAAGCAGCGAGACUCAAGGCUUAAUCAAGAGCUUUACCCACCACUGAGGCCCGAUCAGGUGAAGGCCCUCAUCGACAAGUACGAGCCCUCGUCUUCUAAUUCUAACCGCAAUCAGAUAACACCAGAGGGUUUUCUCUUGUUCCUAAUGGGACCUGAGACAACACCGGUGAUGAUGGACAAAAUUGCCCAGAGCCAUGACAUGACCCAGCCCAUCCCUCACUACUACAUCAAAUCCUCCCACAACACCUAUCUGACUGCCGGUCAGUUCUCAGGCACCUCCUCUCCUGAGAUGUAUCGUCAGUGUCUGCUUGCUGGAUGCCGUUGUUUGGAGCUGGACUGCUGGAAGGGCAAACCUCCAGAUGAAGACCCCAUCAUUACUCACGGCUUUACCAUGACCACUGAGAUCCUUUUUAGAGAUGUGAUCGAGGCUAUUGCAGAGAGUGCAUUCAAAACAUCAAAAUAUCCAGUCAUUCUCUCCUUCGAGAACCACGUGGAUACAGUCAAACAGCAGGAGAAGAUGGCUAACUACUGUAGGACCAUAUUUGGAGAUGCUCUACUCAGUGAACCCCUGGAGAAGUAUCCGUUAAAGCCAGGCCAACAGAUCCCGAGUCCUUCUGAGCUGAUGGGAAAAAUUCUGAUCAAAAACAAAAAAGGUCCCACAGGGUCGGCCAAACCUCCACCAAAGAAAACACAAGAAGAAAGUCCUGCUGAGAACGGAGGAGAGCAUCCUGAAAACCCUGAGAACCAGAACGCUGAACACGAUGAACACCAUGAACACCAUGACGACCACCACGAUGACCAUCAUGAUGAACACCAUGAGGAUGAGGAACAAGAUGAGGAAAAGAUGAAGAACUCUGAUGAAGGUACAGCUGGGCAGGAAGUAAAAGCUUUUGAGGCAAUGUCUUCAAUAGUCAACUAUAUUCAGCCACACAAGUUCGUCUCCUUUGAGCAGUCUCGGAAAAAGAACAAGAGCUAUGCCAUCUCCUCUUUUGUGGAAACCAAAGGAGAGCAGAUGAUCGCCAAGAGUGCUGUGGAGUUUGUCGAAUAUAACAAGAGACAGAUGAGUCGAAUCUACCCCAAAGGAACACGAAUGGACUCUUCUAACUACAACCCUCAGCCUUUCUGGAACGUAGGCUGUCAGAUGGUGGCACUGAACUACCAGACCAUGGAUUUCCCCAUGCAACUGAAUAUGGCGCUGUUCGAGUAUAACGGAAGGACUGGGUACCUCUUAAAGAAUGACGUGAUGCGGAGGAACGACAAGACGUUUGAUCCCUUUACUGACAAGAUUGACACCAACGUCCCCAACACGCUCUCUAUCAAGAUCUACUCAGGCCAGUUUUUAUCUGAUAAGAAUGUGAAAACAGCAGUGGAGGUGGAGAUCAUUGGUUUGCCCGGAGACCCCAAACGCAAAUUCCGCACCAAAAACACCGCCACACCAAAUGCCAUCAACCCUGUAUGGAAUGAAGAGCCCUUUGUGUUUGAGAAGAUUCUUCUGACAGAACUGGCUUCGGUCCGGAUAGUGGCCUAUGAGGAAGGAGGGAAAUUCAUUGGGCAUAGAAUUAUUCCCAUAGACGCCAUCCAAUCAGGAUUCCAUCAUAUUUGUCUGCGUAGUGAGAGUAACAUGCCUCUGAUGCUUCCUUCCCUCUUUGUCUACAUUGAGGUGAAGGAUUACAUCCCUGCUGCUUUUGCUGAUUUCACAGAUGCUCUCUUCAAUCCGGUAAAGACUACCAAACCUGCAAAACAGGAGAGUGCUAACUUUGUGAGCAAAUAUGAGAUGGCUGGUGCUGCAGCUGUUCCUGCUGCAGUGCCUGAGGGUAAUGAGGCCGCAGCAGAGGGCGAUGGUAAACCUACAGAAACACCUGAGUCUGCUGACGGUGAAAAUCCACCAGCUGAUCAAGAGCCAAAAGCUUCUGAAGCUGAGGCGCCUGCGACAUCCGAAGAGGCUCCUCCAUCCGAAGCACCUCCACCUACAGAAGAGCCUCCGCCUGCUGAAGAGGCUCCUCCCGCUGAGGCACCUCCACCUUCAGAAGAGGCUCCUCCCACCGAGGCACCUCUACCUGCAGAAGAGGCUCCACCCACCGAGGCACCUGCACCCACAGAAGAGGCUCCAUCCACUGAGGACCCUCCACCUUCAGAAGAGACUCCCCAAGAAGCUCCUGCUCCAUCUGAAACCCCUGAGGCCGAGAAGCCUGCUGAUGAAAAUGAGCUGGCCUCUGUGACCUGUGAUGAACUGCAGCAGCACAAGAACUACCUGAAGGUCACCAAGAAGCAGGAGAAAGAGCUGAAAGAGCUGGAAAAGAAGUUCCAGAAGAAGGGCGAGGAGCUAACUCAGAAAUACAGUGACCUCUGCAAAUCCCUCAAGAAGAAGACCUCGCAGAAGAAGAAUGAAGCCGGAGCCGAGGGGCAAAAUGAAGAGCAAAUCAAUGAGUUGAAAACGAAGCUGCGGACGGAGCUCCGAUCAUUGUGGGUGGAGAAAUACGACCAGGUGAAGAAGAAGAAAGAGCAGCAUGCCUCUGAGUGUUUGACCAAGCUGCUGGAGAUGGCUACAGAGAGACACGCCAAUGAACUGAAGGCAUUGAACAGUGACAGUAAAGGAGGGAAGAAAAAGGAAGCAAAGGGCUCAGGUUCCGAGAAGAGCAGCUUGAAGAAGAGCAAGAGUAAGGAACAGCUUGACGAUAAUGACGAAGCACAGUCUGCAUCUAGCGAUGGAAAUUCAUCACAGGAGCAGGAGCAGAAACUCAAGAAGAAACAGGCUGAAACUCUGGCUGACAUCAGAGUCUUGAACAGUCAGCUGAACCAGCAGGCUGUAUCAGAGCAUGCUAAGAAGAUGUGGUCUCUACCAGGUGAUCUUAAGGAAGCAGUAAAUGCCUGUGUGGGUGCUCACUUCCCUGAGCAUGCAGAUAAGACUGAAGACAGCAAGCCUGAGCAGGAUGGUCAAUAUGGCCAAGUUUACCGGGGCUGAUGGCUACACAACCUCCUUAGUUCUCGUUAGCACUUCUGCAGGUGUAGCUAAAUAGUGUAAGGACUUGACAAUGCUCAUGCUUAUCAAUCCACAUGCAUGAUGUGGGUGCAACGUGCCAGAAUUUCUCCUUGGACAUUGUUUAAAGAUAUGGUUUAAAGAUACGUAAGGGUGAAGGACAAUCACCUGCAGAACUGUGAUGUUACAGCAAUGUGUUAGUUGUGUUUUAGGAUGUAUUGCAUAGUUAUGACAAAGGAAAUCGCUUUACCGUCUUCAUUUAACACUUCUGAGUACACAUCUAUAUACAUAAUGCAAUUACAGUUACUUAAUGUAUGAAGGAGAUCAAAUUGAUAGACCUUAAUAAUCGAUGUAAUAAACUUAAUUAAAUAUCUCCCUUAGGCUUAAAUAAUAUCCGAAUGUAAUGUCGUUAUUUAAUAUUUCUCUUUCAUAAUAUUGAAAAUGUAAUAAAGGUCAGAUUUAUA